UUUGUUUUUAGUUUCUGGGGUCCCCGUGUUUCUGGGAGGUGAAGCGGGAGGGAGUGACCCCCCCGCGCCCCUCAGUCCCCCUACUACGUCGCCUCCAUAGCUGCGGAGAAGCGGGGACCGCGCGCACCGCAGCGCAUCGCCUCACAGCGGAACGCCGCGCACUCGGAGCCGGCACGGCUCGGCGGGUUUUGGUUUUUGCACUGAAUGUAGUCUAGACUCAUCUUCACGGGCUUGUGUUGCCCCAGGAUACUGUCAAAGGCAGUAUUUGUGUGUUUCUGCAGAGUUUUGCACAAAGUCUGUUCCCAUGCAGACCAAUGAGGGAGAAGUAUCGGAAGAAAGCAGUUCCAAGGUCACUCUGGCUGCUAUAUGGAGAGCGGAUUGGAGAGAGGCAAGAGGUGAAGGAGGGAGACGACAGGUGGAGGAAGGUGAGAAGGCAGAUGUAGUCAUUCAGGUGGAACAGGAGGAUUUUGUAAUGGAAGGGCAUGGCAAGACUCCACCUCCUGGUGAAGAAAGCAAACAAGAGAAGGAGCAAGAAAGGGAAGAACAGUUAAUGGAAGACAAGAAAAGGAAGAAAGAGGAUAAAAAGAAAAAAGAAGCCACUCAGAAGGUCACGGAACAAAAAACCAAAGUGCCCGAAGUGACGAAACCAAGUUUAAGCCAACCAACGGCCGCCAGCCCAAUUGGCAGCUCUCCAUCGCCACCAGUCAAUGGUGGCAACAAUGCCAAAAGGGUGGCAGUGCCGAACGGACAACCGCCAAGCGCCGCCCGCUACAUGCCUCGGGAGGUGCCGCCGCGAUUCCGUUGCCAGCAGGACCACAAAGUGUUACUAAAACGUGGGCAGCCCCCUCCACCGUCCUGCAUGCUCCUCGGGGGCGGGGCAGGGCCUCCUCCCUCCACAGCACCUGGAGCAAACCCAAACAACGCACAAGUGACAGGAACGCUGCUGCAGAGUGAGAGUGGGACUGCGCCAGAGUCAACCCUUGGAGGUGCUGCUGCUUCAAAUUAUGCAAAUUCCACUUGGGGCCCGGGAGCCUCCUCCAACAACGGCACCUCCCCCAACCCAAUUCACAUCUGGGACAAGGUGAUUGUAGACGGGUCUGACAUGGAAGAGUGGCCUUGUAUUGCCAGCAAAGACACUGAGUCUUCUUCCGAAAACACCACCGAUAACAACAGUGCCUCGAACCCUGGCUCUGAGAAGAGCACUCUGCCAGGAAGCACCACUAGUAACAAAGGAAAAGGGAGCCAGUGCCAGUCUGCAAGUUCUGGGAACGAAUGUAAUCUUGGGGUCUGGAAAUCUGACCCUAAGACUAAAUCUGUUCAAUCUUCCAACUCUACUACAGAGAGCAACAAUGGACUAGGAAACUGGAGGAAUGUGAGUGGUCAGGAUAGAAUUGGACCUGGCUCUGGCUUCAGCAACUUUAACCCAAAUAGCAACCCAUCUGCCUGGCCAGCGCUGGUCCAAGAAGGAAAUUCUAGGAAAGGGGCAUUGGAAACGGAUACUAGUAAUUCCAGUGCACAGGUUAGCACGGUAGGUCAGGCAUCCAGGGAACAGCAGUCAAAGAUGGAAAAUGCGGGUGUUAAUUUUGUUGUCUCUGGCAGAGAACAGGCUCAAAUUCAUAACACUGAUGGACCAAAAAAUGGAAACACUAACUCCUUGAACUUAAGUUCACCAAACCCCAUGGAGAAUAAGGGAAUGCCCUUUGGAAUGGGCUUGGGGAACGCCUCCAGGAGCACUGAUGCCCCUUCACAAAGCACUGGAGAUCGAAAGACUGGGAGUGUUGGAUCUUGGGGUGCAGCUAGGGGGCCUUCUGGAACUGACACAGCCUCUGGACAAAGCAAUUCUGGAAACAAUGGGAACAAUGGAAAGGAUAGAGAGGACUCCUGGAAAGGAGCUUCUGUUCAGAAAUCAACUGGGUCAAAAAAUGACUCUUGGGACAACAAUAACAGGUCUACGGGUGGGUCCUGGAACUUUGGCCCUCAGGACUCUAAUGACAACAAAUGGGGUGAAGGGAACAAAAUGACAUCUGGGGUCUCUCAGGGAGAAUGGAAACAGCCGACUGGGUCUGAUGAGUUGAAAAUUGGAGAAUGGAGUGGUCCAAACCAACCAAAUUCUAGCACUGGAGCAUGGGACAAUCAAAAGGGCCACCCCCUCCCUGAAAACCAAGGCAAUGCCCAGGCUCCCUGUUGGGGAAGAUCUUCCAGCUCCACAGGAAGUGAAGUUGGAGGUCAAAGCACUGGAAGCAACCACAAAGCAGGAAGUAGUGACAGCCAUAAUUCUGGCCGUCGGUCGUACAGGCCCACACAUCCUGAUUGUCAGGCUGUCUUGCAGACUCUUUUGAGCCGAACUGAUUUGGAUCCCAGGGUGCUCUCAAACACUGGCUGGGGCCAAACUCAAAUUAAGCAGGACACAGUGUGGGAUAUUGAAGAGGUGCCAAGGCCUGAGGGGAAAUCUGACAAAGGAACUGAGGGGUGGGAGAGCGCUGCCACACAGACCAAGAACUCAGGGGGCUGGGGAGAUGCACCCAGCCAAAGCAAUCAAAUGAAGUCUGGAUGGGGGGAGCUCUCAGCCUCUACAGAGUGGAAAGACCCUAAGAACACGGGAGGCUGGAAUGACUAUAAGAACAACAACUCUUCCAGUUGGGGAGGAGGACGACCAGAUGAGAAGACAUCUUCCUCUUGGAAUGAGAAUUCCAGCAAGGAUCAAGGGUGGGGAGGUGGACGCCAGCCCAAUCAAGGAUGGACUUCUGGAAAGAAUGGCUGGGGAGAGGAAGUUGAUCAAGCGAAAAACAGCAAUUGGGACAGUUCUGCAAGUAAACCUGUGUCUGGGUGGGGUGAAGGAGGACAGAAUGAAAUUGGAACUUGGGGGAACAGUGGGAAUGCAAGCCUAGCUUCAAAAGGCGGGUGGGAGGAUUGCAAGAGAUCUCCAGCAUGGACUGAGACAGGCAGACAGCCCAGUUCCUGGAAUAAACAGCACCAACAGCAACAGCAACCACAGCAGCCACCACCACCACAACCAGAGGCUUCUGGUUCAUGGGGAGGCCCACCCCCACCACCUCCAGGCAAUGGACGACCUUCCAAUUCCAACUGGAGCAGCGGGCCGCAGCCAGUAACCCCUAAGGAUGAGGAACCCAGUGGUUGGGAAGAGCCAUCCCCGCAGUCAAUUAGUCGGAAAAUGGACAUCGAUGAUGGCACUUCAGCGUGGGGAGACCCUAGCAGUUAUAACUACAAGAAUGUGAAUCUGUGGGAUAAGAAUUCCCAAGGGGGCCCAGCACCUCGAGAACCAAACCUGCCUACCCCGAUGACCAGUAAAUCAGCAUCAGUCUGGAGCAAAAGCACACCACCUGCUCCAGAUAAUGGUACUUCAGCUUGGGGUGAGCCAAAUGAAAGCAGUCCUGGGUGGGGUGAAAUGGAUGACACAGGAGCAUCGACCACAGGCUGGGGGAACACACCCUCCAAUGCUCCAAAUGCCAUGAAACCUAAUUCCAAAUCUAUGCAAGAUGGCUGGGGGGAGAGUGACGGGCCAGUGACAGGCACUCGCCAUCCCAGCUGGGAAGAGGAGGAUGAUGGAGGAGUCUGGAACACCGCCGGCUCUCAGGGAAGUGCUUCCUCCCACAACUCAGCAAGCUGGGGACAAGGAGGAAAGAAACAAAUGAAGUGCUCACUAAAAGGAGGAAACAAUGAUUCAUGGAUGAAUCCUCUUGCCAAACAGUUUUCGAAUAUGGGAUUGCUGAGUCAAACUGAAGAUAAUCCAAGCAGCAAAAUGGAUUUGUCUGGAGGGAGCCUUCCAGAUAAAAAAUUUGAUGUGGACAAGCGAGCAAUGAAUCUCGGGGAUUUUAAUGAUAUCAUGAGGAAGGAUCGAUCUGGGUUCCGUCCACCUAAUUCCAAAGACAUGGGAACCACAGAUAGUGGGCCUUAUUUUGAGAAGCUGACUUUGCCUUUCUCCAAUCAAGAUGGGUGCCUUGGGGAUGAGGCUCCCUGCUCUCCCUUCUCCCCUUCUCCCAGCUACAAGCUGUCUCCCUCUGGUUCCACACUACCCAACGUCAGCCUUGGAGCAAUCGGCACAGGGCUCAACCCCCAAAACUUCGCUGCUAGACAAGGUGGCAAUCAUGGUUUGUUUGGAAAUAGCACAGCACAAUCGAGAGGUAUGCACACCCCAGUGCAGCCGCUAAAUUCUUCUCCUAAUCUCCGGGCGCAAGUGCCUCCCCAGUUUAUUUCCCCCCAGGUUUCUGCCUCAAUGCUCAAACAGUUUCCCAACAGUGGCCUGAAUCCAGGUCUUUUCAAUGUGGGGCCCCAGUUAUCUCCUCAACAAAUUGCCAUGCUGAGCCAGCUUCCACAAAUUCCCCAGUUUCAGUUGGCAUGUCAGCUUCUCUUGCAGCAGCAGCAGCAGCAGCAAUUGUUACAAAACCAGAGGAAGCUUUCUCAAGCUGUGCGCCAGCAGCAAGAGCAGCAGCUGGCUCGAAUGGUGAGUGCGCUCCAGCAACAGCAGCAGCAGCAGCAGCAGCAGCAAAGGCAGCCUAGCAUGAAGCAUUCGCCGUCUCAUCCUGUUGGGCCCAAGCCACAUCUGGACAACAUGGUACCCAACGCUCUGAAUGUGGGGCUCCCAGACCUUCAAACCAAAGGGCCAAUACCUGGCUAUGGUUCUGGCUUCAGCUCUGGCGGCAUGGACUAUGGCAUGGUUGGUGGGAAGGAGGCUGGAACAGAGUCUCGCUUUAAACAGUGGACCUCCAUGAUGGAGGGACUGCCCUCUGUAGCCACACAGGAAGCCAAUAUGCACAAAAAUGGCGCUAUAGUGGCCCCUGGUAAGACCCGAGGAGGGUCACCAUAUAACCAGUUUGAUAUCAUCCCGGGUGACACGCUGGGUGGCCAUACGGGUCCUGCUGGUGAUAGCUGGUUACCUGCCAAAUCUCCACCAACAAAUAAAAUCGGAAGUAAAUCCAGCAAUGCCAGUUGGCCUCCAGAAUUCCAACCAGGAGUGCCAUGGAAAGGUAUCCAAAACAUUGACCCUGAAUCUGACCCCUAUGUCACCCCAGGAAGUGUACUGGGGGGUACAGCCACAUCUCCCAUUGUAGAUACUGACCACCAACUUCUGCGGGAUAACACCACAGGGUCUAAUUCUUCCCUCAACACCUCGCUGCCUUCACCUGGUGCCUGGCCCUACAGUGCCUCUGACAACUCCUUUACCAACGUUCAUAGCACUUCAGCAAAGUUCCCUGAUUACAAAUCAACAUGGUCCCCAGAUCCCAUAGGACACAACCCCACUCAUCUCUCCAACAAGAUGUGGAAAAACCAUAUUUCCUCAAGGAACACUACACCGCUGCCCCGCCCACCUCCUGGUCUGACCAACCCCAAACCGUCAUCUCCCUGGAGCAGCACAGCACCCCGAUCAGUCAGGGGGUGGGGGACACAGGACUCACGGCUUGCCUCGGCCUCUACCUGGAGUGAUGGUGGUUCGGUUCGUCCUAGUUACUGGCUGGUUCUUCACAAUCUCACUCCGCAGAUUGAUGGGUCAACCUUGAGAACCAUCUGCAUGCAGCAUGGCCCACUGCUGACAUUCCACCUGAACCUAACCCAGGGCACCGCCCUGAUCCGAUACAGCACCAAACAGGAGGCGGCCAAGGCCCAAACUGCACUGCACAUGUGUGUGUUGGGAAACACUACCAUCCUGGCUGAGUUUGCCACCGAUGAUGAAGUUAGCCGCUUUCUGGCACAAGCUCAGCCCCCUACACCUGCAGCAACCCCAAGUGCACCCGCAGCAGGUUGGCAGUCGCUGGAGACCGGCCAGACCCAGUCAGAUCCCGUCGGACCUGCUCUGAAUCUUUUCGGUGGGUCCACAGGGCUCGGGCAAUGGAGCAGCAGUGCUGGUGGCAGCAGCGGGGCCGAUCUUGCUGGCGCUUCGUUGUGGGGGCCCCCAAACUAUUCUUCUAGCUUGUGGGGAGUCCCAACUGUGGAAGAUCCCCAUAGGAUGGGCAGCCCUGCUCCUUUACUACCUGGUGACCUUCUGGGAGGAGGGUCGGAUUCAAUCUGAACUUAGAACUUUCAACUCUGACCUCGUGACCUUUUUUGGAACAGCAGCAGCACUAACUUGACCUUUUCGUUUUUUUUUUCAACUUGCAAUAAAUACAUUUUUAAAAGGAAAAAAGAAAACGGAGAGAGAAAAAAAGGUGGGUCAUUGACAGACUGUCUGAGCACAUAGUUGCCUCCCUUAUACCUUCAGUUUUUUUGUUUGGAAUACGAAUCCAAAAAGAGAACAUAUCACUCUUGAAAUACUUGAAUCAUGAACGCCAACCUAGAAAGACAAUGUGAAGCAAGUACACAUACCAUUUAAAUUUAAACACAAAAAAAUUAAAAAAAUUAGUUUCUAGUUUUUCACUUUUUUCAUGUUAUAUGGAAGUUGUUGCUAAGAAACAUAUAUACUGAAAAAAAAAUAGCUUUUUAACUUUGUUUGCACUGGGUGUGUUUCCGUCCUUAGGUCUACCAUGUUUGGGAGGGAGGGGAAUUCAAAAGAAUUGUUGGGGUGGGGGGAGGGAAGACUUGACGGAGCCUCACUUUAAAAACAAAAACACAAAAAACCUAAAAAAAAAAAAAGGAAAAAAUUUGUGAUUGGCUGGUUGAUAAAUACCAGUGUGUUCUGGCACAUGUAACUGCCCAGGCAUGCUCGUUCUGGUAUGUGUGUGCACGUGUGUUCAUGUGCAUUCGCGUGCAUCCUUCUCUCUGUCUCUGUGUGUGUGUGUGUGCCUGUGUCCUCCUCCUCCUCCUCCUCUCCCUCCUCCCCCACCCUGAGUUCUCAGAAAGCUGCAUUGCUGACAGUCCGCAGGCUGGCUGGCCGGCCAUCUGCUUUUUGUUUUGUUUUUUUUAAACUAUGAGAAUACACAAGCACGGGGAGCCACUGCUCCUAAAGCGACUCCGUUGGGCUGCAUGAAGAUGAACAGAGUGCUUUUUAAUGAUUAAAGCAGGGAACUCCUGUACAUUUGCAGAAUAGCCUGAGUUGAGUUUUCUCUAGCUUUUCUUUUGACCUAGCAGUAAAGUGGAGCACUGCCAAGUCCACAAAUUUAGGAGAGCAGGAGGUACCUCUUGGAGCAACUGUGUGUCUUAUUUAUUUUUGUUUUUUGAAGUAAGUGGACGCUAGGCAUAUCUGAAUACCUGUUAAGUUUCACACGGGCCUUUUCGUUAGUUUGAAUGGGAACAGACAAUGAGAUAGUUUUUAAUUGUGUGAUGUCUCAAAGGAGAAAAAUUUUGUUCCCCCUUUCUUGCAUAAUCAGGUAUGAGAAAUUGAUCAGAAAGUUAGGUAAUGCUGAAUUAAAUAUUUCUAUUAGUUUUUCUUUUUCAUUUUAAGAAAACGGAAACAAAAUAAGUUGCGAGCAGCCUCCUGGAAGCAUGCGCAGCUCCUCCCUCUCUGCUUCUCUCUUGCUGAGUGUUACCUGUGCCAGGCCGUAGCGUGUUACAGCACCGGGCCAUCACUGACAGAAACGUUUACGUAACGAAUGUUCUUAAACCAGUGUGUACUUCAAGCGUUUCCUUUGGUUCCUCUGUAUUGUGUAUUUCCUGUGUAUGUGGUUUUGCUUAGGCAGGUAUAACUUAGCAAAGACUUUAAGUAUUGCACCUUUUUUUGGUUUUGACCUCUUAUUAUUUUUUUCCUUGUAAUGUUGCUUUUUUUUAUUUCGGUAUUUAAAGACUUUUUUUUUUUUUUUUUUAAGCAUCAAUGUAGUAGUACUCUGGGCCGAAUAGGGGGCAACUUUUAAUCCACAGUUAUCAUCAACAUGUAUGUACUUAUGUUGGAAUCAAAAUGUAUCAGACUGCUUUUUGUGAAGAGAGUUACAGCAGCCCUGAAGGGGUACCCCUUUAUACAAAGCAGAUGGCUGGCGGGGCGGGCGGGGGGGGGGGAGGGGGACGUAUGCCGGUAACGUGCUAGCACUUGUGUGGACAUCCCAGUCUGCAUUAUACUGUUUAACAUAAAGUGCCGACAUUCUGUACCAGCAAUUACCUGCCCAUUCCAACCCUUGGUGGGAGCAGACCUCUGCUGUCCUCCAUAACUUGCUGCUAGUGAGGACAAGGGAGUUUUUCUUUCUUUAGCAUCUUCAGUGAAGGAUACAACAAUGCCUAAUGUAUUUGACUUUUAGCUUGUGUCUGUGUGUAGGUGGGUGGGUGGGUGGGUGUGUAUAGGAAAAGGCAAAAGCGAAUUAUUUGCAUUUAAGUGGUUUUGAGAGACAAAGAAUGGGAAUUCUGUAGUCCUCUCGGCUUACCCUGUUGAUUAUAAACCUAGCCUCAAAAGAGAUUGACGUGCAUAAUUCAAGUGAGCAUUCGCUCAUACAAGUCUUUGUGAACCCUUUGUGGGUAGGUGGUCAAACUUGAGUUUCCAGCAUUGGUUUGUUCUCAUUUGAUGCCUUGUAGAAAACUAACUGUGCCCUCCUCCUGCUCUCCGGUUUUCAUCACCACCGUGCCCCUUCCACUUCUGCCCACGUACAAAAUGUCUCCUUCCAGCCCCUACUGACUGCUCUCUUGUGUGUGGAGCAAAACCCUGUGUGUGGUGACCUCCAGGUGAAGAGCAGCUGUGUUAGACUUCUACAGAAGGCUAAAUCUUAGUGUCCCUGGGCCAGGAGCAUGUCCCGAGAGCCAGACGUGGCCCUGUCCACUGCCGCUCUUGGCUCCCUGCCGUGUCCUGCCCCACCCCCCUCUCCUGCCGUGGCUCCUGGACCUACACUAUGGGUUAGUUGAGUCCUUACGAUAAUACGGUGAAAGCCGGGUGCUAGAGCCCCUCUUGUUUACAAGACAUAAUGAGGGAUUUGAAAUAUGUAAAAAUAAACAUGAGAAGCUAAAAUGUUCUUCCAUCAUAAGCUUAAAGGGAAAAAAAUUAAAAACUUAAAAAAAGACCAAAAAGUGCGUAUAUAUAUAUACAUAUAAAUAUAUAUUUUAGAUGAAGACUAACUCUGGGAGCAUUUAACAGUGUUUUUUGUUUUUGUUUUUAACAUUUAUUUUCCUGCUUUAAAAUUUGCAAGCAUUCUCAGGAAUUCUAGGGUAGGAAGCCAGUUUUUUGAAGAAGGUUUAUUUAACCGUAUCUUAUCCUAGAUAGACGGCUGUUUCUUUCCUGUUAACAAACUUUUACAAGUUCCUGAAACUUCAAAAAGUUUAAACAAUUUUUACUUAAAAAAAAUGUAAAAAGAAAAGUCUCCAAACGUUAUUGUCAUACUGGGGAUCACACAUUUUAAAACACAUAGAAAGAAAUAUUUUUUAAAAAUUAUCAAUUUAGCAGCAACAGGUAAAUUCGUUAUCUUAAAAAAUAUGGGAGAAGGAUUAAGCUUUAUAAGAGCUCUAUCAUGGAUUCAUUUGAAAUUGUGUGUAAUUUAAUGGGAGAGUGUUUGGUGUAUAUAAAUGGGAAUGCCAUCACUUUGUUCCUUUCCAUUUAAGACUGAACUGAAAUCUCCCCUAAUAAUUUUAAUUGUUUUUAGAGGAACCCUUCUCCCUGUCUCCCCAACCCCAGCAACAAAAGAAAGGAAGAAAGAAACAACAGCUUAAAAAAAAAGUAAUUCUAAUCUGUAAAGUAGUACGGUUGGAUUGCUGAGAAUCUAUGUAAAGAGUUAGGAAAUAGAGGUUAAUAAUUUUUGGAACAAAUUUUAAAUAUAGGCAUUACUAGAGGAAAAAAUAUCUAUGGACUGUUAAUGAAGAAUGUCUUACCUCCAUUUGUUGUGGGAGGAGGAGAAAAUAAUGGAAGCAUCUAAUAAGGAACAAGUGGUUUGACUUUUUUAGCUCCCAGCUGCUGUAGUGCCCAUUUUCAUUGCUGUUUUGAAGACCUGCUGCUUAAUUAUCCCCAUCCCUCUGCCGGAGAUGUGGAGUAUUUCCUUUCAGUUUUUGGUGAUGUCGAAUUCUCCUUUUGUAUUCCCUCCUGGGGCCGGGGGUCAGAAUUCCCAAGCAUGACCACAGCUUCUUAUAAACAUCUAAGCUUCCCAGUGGGAAAGAAACUCCAGCUCGACAGGUAAAGGGAGUGGGUGGGGUUGCUGCCUGCAAUUUCUCUAAAACCGCUUUAGUGCCUUCAAACAUACACCCAGACAUCCUAAGCAGGGGGAACACGUGUGUAUGUGCAUGUGCUCCAGUCACUCCACAGACAUUAAAUGCUUGCCCAUUAAGGAAAUUGGAGUGGUUCUGGACAGGCCCCAAAGGCAGUGGGCUAAAUUUAAAAUAAAUCUAUAGACAGAAAUCAAGGAAGUUAACAUGCUUUUCUGUCUCAAUAAUGUGGAAUGCCAAGUUCCUUCCUUGUGUCGUUGCCCUCAUUACUGUGCAUUGACUCUCCAGCUGUGUCACUGGGACAACUACAGUGAGUUGAAAGUGUGUUGGGCCAGUAGAAAGGGGUUCCUAUUUUUCUGCUCUUGUCCUCCUUUAUCUCCUCCCUUUUCCCCCAACCCCUGCCCCUUUUUUGUCAACUUGCUGGAAGCUUUGCUUUAUUGGUUAGCACUGACCUAAGAAUAGGAUACAGUGAGGAUGUAAUGGAAGAAAAAAGCUCUUCUUUCCAUGCUGUUCUUUGGCAAGAGCCAUGUCUGCUGAGAGAUUAGGUGGCUUCAAUCCACUUAGAAAAUUUGGUGGGCACAUCUUCUCUCCCACCACAGUCUGGCAUGUGGACAGAGGCUUGCUGGUCACCUCUCAUUAUGUAGAUUUAUUUUAUAAACAUUUUGGUCAUGUAAAUUUGAGCUUUCCAUUUUUUACUAGUUUCCUUUGUUUUUUUAAACAUUUGAUUAGUAGUGGCUAGCGGUGUCCGUCUCUCAAACAUCGCGAACUUGGUUUCUGUCUACCACAUGAGUAGCCAAAAGAAAAGAACCACUGGUGGGGGAGUGCUGUUUUCCAUUAGGCUGGGGACCUCUGCUGGCAGUGGGGAUCCAGUGCCAUGACCUAAUCUUAGGUGUUGGGCAAAAAACAAAGUUCAGAUCUCUGAGACACUGUGAAGAAAUUGAUGGCACAUGUGGCAUCUCUGAUCCCUCAGUCCCUAGCCCUUGAUAUUUUUCAUUUUCAACAUUCACAGAAGUUGACUUAGUGCUGCAAGUUAAGGUUCCAAACCAAAUUCUUUCAUCAUUGUCCCCCAGUAAAUCAGCAUUAUCCAUUGAUUUGCCAUUCAAUUAGUUUUAUUCAUAAAAGCUUGAUUUUGUAUUCCUAUGGCUCCUGUUCCAAGAACUUUCCCACCUCUUCUGACAUGAAUGUAGCAUAAGUUAGCAGUUGGUUCUUCCAAGUUCCUGUGGGUUGAAUGUGGUAUAUAAGAUAUGCGAAAAAAAGAAAGAAAAAAGAACGGAAAAGAAAUUCCUGCCUCAGAAUUUGGAAGAGCUUUUAUUAAUAUAUCUAGCAGAAACUAAAAUUUCACAGGCUAUUAACUUGUUGCAAAUAUUCACUCACUUUCACCACUUUUUUGGGGGGAGGGGGGCAGUUUUUGUAGGGUUACCAGCCAGAUUCCAUAUUGACCUCAGAUGCUGUGUACUUUUUAAUUUUAUUUUUUAUAUUCUGCCAUCUUGACUCUUCUCUUAAACAGAAUGAAGAUGUCUGUGUGCUGAGCAAAACACUUUAAGCCAAGCCUGUUUUCCUCUGCAGUGUAAACAGGAUGUUUUCAGCAGACUUGGCUGUAAUUGCCAUCUCUAAGAUUAGGGAACAAUGGAGUCUUUAUGUAGAAGAGGUCCCCUUCUCCCCCGUCCUCAGAGUUCAAAUUCAACAUAUAACCCCUUGUAGGUUAUUGUUUUGGGUUUGGGUUUUUUCCUUUUGUUUUCGUUAUCUAUAAGGUCUUGAGGAGUAGAGAUACAUUUUUAGCUGGUUAAAAAAAAUUAGCCUUUUUCUUCUCCAGUGUUUUGGCAAGUUUUGUCACACUUCGUGUCUAUGCAUUAACUAUACUUCUUAGUGUUACCGCAAAAAGAAAUCUUAUUCUUUAAUUGUUCUCCCUCCUGUGAGUGCACAGCCAAGGCUUCAUGUAAUAGCGCAGGUGAAAAUCUUCUAGCCUGUGUGUGUACAAUGAACUGUCAAUCUUUAGACCUCACCAGUCAUUGAGAAGAGGGUGCCCUCACCCUUUGCUGCACAUUAUGCCACACCCCCUCUGCUUUCUUAUCUGCAAGUACAGGGUGUCCACACAAUCCAGAAACAGUCAAAUAUACAUGAUGUUGUCAAGGACAUUGUCAAGCUGUUUAAAAACAUAGAAUAUUAUCUGUAUUUCCAGAGUGAGUGCAUACCCUGGAAUAAGGUCUGUAGAUUUGUGGCCAGUGCCAAAAGUGUGUGUAUUUUCAGAGAUGGUCCCCAUUUGUCAAUGAUGGUGUCAUUUUCUUGACCUUAAAUUUGACAAAGGAGGUGCUGGCAUCACAUUCUUUAGAUCUGAAAUAAUUAUCAACUUCAAGAAUCUAUGAACAGAAUCAUAACUUAAUAAAAAUUGAACUUUGACUCCCUACCCUGCCCACAACGCCUCUCCGCCGCCCGCACCAACAAAGAAAAGAGGCCGUGAACAUCUGCAGGAUGCUGAAGGGCACACUGGUCAGGAAGCAGAGAGCUCCUCUCCACCGCUGGGCAUCCAUGCCAUCCUCACACUGACGGUCACUUGGACUAGAUCUGGAGUAAUUACCAAGUAUUCUAACAUUUGAGUGGUCUUUAAACUGUCAAUCUCUUGUAGUAAACUCCUACCACCACCCAAAAAAAGCGAAAGUGACAGAAACUGCCAGUGUUUGCCUCACAGAAUUUAAAUAGUUCCCUUUUCAGUUCGCUAUACAUCUGACUUUGUUUUUAAUGAGCAACUAUGCACACCAGGGAAAAUGGUGCGGCCCUGCCCGAAGGGUCUGUGCAAGACUGAGUCGUGGGCUCUUCAUUGUGGCAAAUACUUGUUUUGUUCAUGGGAGGGGAAAGGUCAGAUAAAGGCAAGAGGUGUUCUGUUCUAAGUAAAAAAGAAAUAGUGUUUCCCUAAGCACUUUGUGCCUCAGUUUCAUUUUCAAACUAUAAAUCAUUGAUUUGGAGGUAAAUUCCCAAUUGUAAUUGACCCAUUUUGAGCCAAUAUUAAUGUUAGCAUUUUUGUCAAAAAGUGAAAUGCCUCUUUACUGCUAAAUGGUGAGCAGCAAAAGAGAAGUGGUGAAGGCAGCGUCCAGUGCUGCUGUAGCAGAGCUGGGAGACACAGCGCUCUUCCGCCCCUCUCCUGCCCGGCUCUCCUGGACCUCUUACUGACUCUGCCGUUCCUUCUCCUUGGGCUGCUGAAAGGUGUGCACAGUUCUCAGAGGGCUGGGGUGGAAGAGGUGACGAGGUGAGAGGGAGCAGCCUUCCUGCAGGACUAGCCUUACGGCAGAGCUUCACGGAAAGGAAGAUAGUAUAUCCUAAAGGUGUUCGCCAAAAAUGAGAAAGGAGGGUAUUUAUACAGAACAAAGCAAAAGCUCGGGAACCCUUCAAGAAGUGACACACCUUUUAAAGGUGGUAUAUUCUCCUCAAGCGAUGCACUCGGCAUGGAUUCUUCCUGCCAGAAAUUUUGGGAUGUUAGAAUAAAUGUGUUUAAAACACCACCCCACCCCCCCUUUUUAAUUUUGUCCAAGGAAUAAAUUACUUAAUUGUAAUAUUUCUGAAUGUGCCUUUGUGAGUACAGAGACCAUCUCUUUUAGGAAGGAGCUAUCCUAAGUGGGAUAAAACAGAAAGAUGGUCAGCUUAGUGUCUAGGGAAGUCAGCGUUUCUCCUGGCGGUCCCCAGGGGCAGCUGGUGAGUUUUUGUUAGAAUCCAUAUUGCACAGUGGAGAGUUGUCUGGAAGAGAUUCUGGGGCUUGGGAGAGGGGACAGUGAGGUGCACAGAUGUCAGAGACCCAGGUUAGUCCAAGAGUGCAGGUUGAAUUUAUCUAUCUGCAUUGCCUAGUUUUCUUCGUGUAUAUGUGUGUGUGUGCGUGUGGCUGUCUUAUUUUUUGUUUUUCUGUAAGCACUGGAGAAUUGAAAUAUGGUGAUGUUUGUGACACAUUCAUGCAUGUCAAGAAGUCGUCUUAUGGCUUCUGCUGUGUGCAGGGGGCAGCGCAUUUCCACCCUCUGUCUGUGUCCUGAGAAGGCAAUUAUUUUCCCAAAUGGAAGUCACAUAAUGUUGCUGUUUAUGCGAACAGGGUAUAUCACACACAAGGAAAAAGCUUUUGAAAGAAUAAGAUUGAAGUGUUUGAGAAAGAAAAGAGAAAAAUCUGAAAUCGUAUUUUAUUUCUUCAGAACUAUUAUAAACAUAGAAAUCUGCAGUGUCUCUUCAUUUGUUUUUAUAUUUGUUUUAAACAAUUCCACCUCUUCUCCCCACUCCCUAUCUUCUAAAGAAAUAUCAAGUGAAUGCUAAGGGCCAUUUCCAGAAUUCCUCAGAACUCCCCAAAGAGGAAAACAGUCCCUCCCACGAGAUUCCUCCAGCUUCCUUCAGCUUCCUUCAGGAAGACAAGGGAGGAGAGAUGCUGCCGCUUUCCGUGCUUCGCUCUCAUUCCUCUCUCAUGGCCUUGAAAUGUAUUAUUAUGCAAAUGUGAAUUUUGAUACUGAAUUUAAGAAGAGGUUGUUGGAUUUUUUUUUCCUUUUUCAAAAAAAAAGGUCCCAUAUGCGGUCAUCAUUGCUUCUUUAUUUUGUAACGUGAAUUGUAACUAUGCAUUCUGCAAAGGGGGGGAGGAGAGGGCAGAAAGGGGAAGGAAGUAGCUUUGCAUCCUUGUUCUGCGGUUUCUGUGUCCAUGGUGCCCCCAUGUCCUGGCGGGGAAGGGAGUGAAGAGCAAGAAGCAGUAAGGUCGCCACAGUGCGGUAGACAGAGACCUCUGAGGCCUCCGGUGGUCGCCGGCACGCCUGAUGGCCCGGCAAGUCCCUGGGGGCCUGCAGUUCCUAUCAGCCAACAUGGUACAGGACUCUCCUCCCAGCCGUGCAGUGUUAACCAGUGCAACAGUGGGGUCCCAAAGGCUCCAGUGUUCUCUGGAAAAAAGUACUCAUCCUUUCCUGAAUUCAGAACCCUUUCAAGCUCAGGAAACCAUGCCUCACUCGUGCUGACCUUAAAGUUAAUCUUGAUGUCAAUUUCAAAAACUCCUCCUCCUCCUCGCUCCUGUUGAAUUUUUCUUUCUUCUUUCUUAAUCGUUUUUAGUGACCUUAGUUGUAAGGAAACUGUCUUGCUCUAUGGGGAAGAGGACUGUUGCUUGGCAGGCAAAAAAGGAUUCUCUUCCCCAUCCACUACCCCCCAGCCAAAUGUCAUCUCUGCUUCCCUUGCAUUUAUUAAGCUCUAUAUAGUGGGCAAGCAGUGAGGUGUUUGACACGGGAACGCCUACAGCCUCUUCUUUGUCCUAACAGAAUUCCUUUGUCGAUCUUGCCUGUGGUGAGUCAUGGCACCUGCAUUGCUCUGGUCUAGGCGUCAUUUGCAACACACAAUGUCGUAAGCGAGAGAUUUUUCUGCCCAUAUCCAGUGUUUCCAUGCAGAAGUUUUUGUUGAUGUCACAGUACUGUAACGAGUAACAGACUUGAUCAUAGUCUCCUCGUGCCCGUGCAAGGCUGCGCAGGCUCGAUCUUAUCAGGGUUCCAAUCUGUUAGAUUGCCUUUAGACAAAAAAACAAAACAAACAAACAAAAAAAAUCCUGACGUUUCAACUGUCUAACACAAAACAAUACCUCGAGGUACAUUUCCCCUGCAAUGUAGACCCUUAACUCCCCUCUCCUUUUCUGACAUCAGUGGGUUAUCCUUUUUAAAAUAUGAAUGUGUAAAUAGCAGGAUAACUUUUACAAUUUUUUCUUUGCUGUGAAAGUAACCCUAAAAUAUGUUAUUCUCCAUUGUUUUGAAGCCAUCAGAAGUUCCAUAUCUUAUUCUUUCAUGUUUAAAACAAGAAAGCAGAACAGGUCAGGGGAGUGGACUUGCAUCUGUAGGGUGGUGUUCUCUCCAUUGCCUCCCAAACUCGGUGACAGCAGACCAGUGUCUAAACCCUGUUGAACAGAUGCUGUCUAGUCCAGCUCUAGUUCCAGGGUGAGAGUGAAUUUCUUUCUUCCGGAAGAUCCAUCCCCUCCAGGACUCCAGAAUGUUUUCUGCGUGAGACCUUGAGUUCCCAACUUCUCUUGGCUCACAGACAUACACACACACACACACACACACACACACUUUGAAUAACUGAGUAGCAUUCUGUAGUUCACAAAGGGAAUUAGUCUCUGGCAUUUCAGUUUGGCGCUGUAGAAUUCAUAGCCUUGUCACUUUGUUAUGCUCUGGAAAUGUAUCAGUUUCUCACUUAGGAGGAAACUCACCUGAGACGUGUAAACAACUGCCCUGAAAGGCCAGUGCAUCCUCAGACGUCCCUCCCUCCGUGAGGCUCAAAGCUGACGUUAGGUGGCGGGAAAUAAGUUUAACAGAUGCUGCUGAUAGGGGUCUGUCAGCUACAGCUCUCCUAGAUUUGGCCCCCCUGAGGCAGGGUCAGAGUGGCCAUGUUGAAUAGCUUCUUCAUAAACACCCCUUUUACCCCCAUCUUGAAGAUGAACCCUCUGUCUGUCAAGAAGCCCUUUAGUUUGAGCUCACCAAUCUUGUAUAGUGACGACUUCCUCUGAGGGAAAGAAGCUUGAUAAUAAGUGCACGCGUAUUCACCACCCACCUUCUUAUUUGGGCGCUGUUGACCUUCAGAUUUUAUUUCUGUUGUUUGUUUGGAGGCCCCUUUUAUAUCAGUCUCCUUUCUCCGAUCCCUCAUACGUUCUUCCUGACCAUAUAUCCCUUACAACGCUCCCAAAGGGCUUUGGUGAUCUCUGCACUUCUUUCCUGGGACACUCCCCCACUACCACUCUUUGCACACACCAGUGACCAAAGUGUGUCCAGUGAUCUCACAGAAGACAUCAAAAAUGGUGCACGCACCAUGAAUGUGCUCACAGAGACACGUGCACAAGAUUCUGCACCCUUGGCCUUAACCUCAGUGUGACUUACGGUGCAGGAACAUUUUUAACAGGUUUUAAAAAAACAAAAAAACCCUUCUGGGAGGAAAAAAAAAAGAAAGACGCAACAGCUCAACUGUGCCCACUCCUAACUCUCCACUGUUUGCUUCCAACUUAUUCUGUGCCCACCCCAUCCCAUCCCUAUUUUGAGUAACCAAAAACAGAAAACAAAAGCAACCUGAGGAGAUGUUUCUGGACUAUUUUAUCUUCCUCCAUUUAGAUGGAGAUAUAAAUGCUGCUUUGGGUUCCAUAAUCCUAGGGGGCUAUGUUUACAUAGUAAAAUACAUCCUACCAAAUCAGGAAACUGAAUAAUGGGAAUCUCUGCAGUGAGAGUUAGGUCACUGAUGGUGAACAAGAGAAGUGAGGGGACAUGGGGGUUGGGGCAGAGGAGGAGAGACGGAGAAGUAGCAUUUUCAUGACUUGGGACGUGUCUCUCCCUUCCUCCUUUCUCCCCCCUUCACUUCUCUCCUUGCCCCUUUAAACAGAAGGUGCAGAGAAGGGCAUCAGAAAGAGGCUGGAUUUUUAAAAGGCAGCUUUCCAACUUUGCACACAAACAGGUAACAGGAAGGUACAGCGAAAAUCCUCUCAUCCGAAACAGCAGAAACAAAACCUGUAACAUGACGAAACAGCUGCACAUAUCGAUGCUCUCUGCAAGUUACCUAGAAGUGUUUUGUUUUUCUUAUACUUGAAAUAGCUUUUACAAUAUUGUUUUGGUGGCUUUCUUUUCUCUCUUCUGAUGGGCAGUAGAGAAAGUGGAUGAUGGGACUUAAGAAAGUUUGAGGGGAGAAAAGGGAGGGUUUGGCAUUGUCUUUUUUUUUUUUUUUUUUUCUUAAACAUAGAGGUUUAAUCAAACUCCCAUAUGUUGAAUUUGCUCCUCAUAUUACUGGUUUUACAUGGACACAGAAACUAGGCACUUUAGAGGUGCACUUGCAUGGCAGGCUGGGCCCCCCUUUUCUGUAUUUUAUUUUACUUUUUUAGUAUAGUGGUACUUAAAAUCACUGGUUCACUUAAAAAACAAACAAUAAAAUGUUAAACUCUACUAAUGUACAAAUAAGCUGAAAAGUUGCAUUUUAUGUGUAUUUUUUGCCAUAGCAGGUACUGUAUUUCUCAUGCUGGAUUUCAAAAAAAAAAAAAUCAAAAACAAAAAAAACUAAAGGGUGGUGUUUUAUUGGAUUGUGACAGGUCGAGUAGUAAGGGAUUAAGUCGCCGCCAUUUCAUUAAACUGAGAGAUGAUGUAAUGCAGAUAUAAGAGUUUUCUGAAGGGUUUUUUUGGGCUUUUAAACAGCUUAUUUUUGUUUUUGUUUAGUUUUUUAUUUUAUUUUAUUUUGGAAAGAUAUGAUUGUAUUAUGUGCAACUCAGUUGCUUACAUUAUAACUACAAAAUAUUUUUGGGUUCCUGGAAAAAAAAAAGAAAAAAGACUAAUAAAUGUGUUUGGCUGCUAAGCA